AUGGCAGCAGCAAGCUGGUACCACCGGGAUAUCAGCCGGGUGGUGGCGGAGGAGCUGCUGGCCAAGGCUGGACGGGACGGCUGCUUCCUGGUGCGGGACAGCGAGUCGGUCUCGGGGGCAUAUGCCCUCUGCCUCCUGUUCCAGCGGCACGUCCACACCUACCGCAUCCUCCCUGAUGACGAGGGGCUGCUCUCCGUCCAGACCAUCCAGGGCAUCCAGGCCAAGUGCUUCCGCACCCUCCCUGACCUGAUCGGCGCCUACCAGCAGCCCAACAACGGGCUGGUGACGCCCCUGCUCUACCCCGUGCACCGGGCCAGGCAGGCGGCCGACGAGGACUCGGAUGGGGAGGACGGACGAGGCAGCGGGCACGCGGCGAGCGCGGUCCCGGCCGGAGGAGCCGGGGCGGGCACAUGGCUCAGCGCUCCCGUCGCCGGCCGGACCCACAUUUCACAGCAGCUGCACCAGAGGCUGCAGGAGCAGGUCCACAGCAGCCCGGCCAGCGACUUCAUGGGCUUCAUGGCUGAGUACCUGAACCACCACCUGCAGCUGGAUCUGGAGGCGCUGCGCCACGGGCACCCACAACUGCGCCAUCUCAGCACCGCGCUCGUCACCGCCUGCCGGGCGCUGCACAGUGAGAUCGACUUCACGCUGGCGGGUCUGGAGACGCUGGCCAGGGUGUUCGACCCCCCUGUGUCCCCUCGUAGCCCAGCCAGGGAGCAGGGUCUCCUGACCAGCGAUCCAGACCUUGAGCUGCUCCUCAACAAGAUAUCUACAGUUAACCAUCUCCUCUCUUCACUGGAGAAGAAGGUGCUGAAGUCGCUGCAGGAGACGGUGUCGAGGCACAACCUGGCGCUGCCCAGCGUGGCGGCGGCCCCCCCGCCGGCUGCCAAACCCCUGGCUGUGCAGAGCUUCGAGGUGAAGGUGGGCAAGUCGCAGCGGGCAGCCCUGACGGUGGAUGUGGAGUCGGGCACGGUGGCCAUCACCAAGCGGGGCAGCGGGUCCCCGGAGGAGACCAUCCCGCAGGACAAAAUCCUGCAGCUGAUCAAAUACCAGAGUGUGCAGAGCAAGGUGAGGCUGGUGUACGACCGGGAGCCACAGAAGAGCCUGAGCAGAGACUUCGUCUUCCCCAAUGCGCGGAAGCGAGAGGCCUUUUGCCAGUUGCUGCAGCUGAUGAAGAUCCAGCACUCCAACCUGGAUGAGCCUGACCUCAUCUCGGUGUACGUCGGGACAUGGAACAUGGGCAGCACACCACCGCCCCGCUCCCUCGCCUCCUGGCUGACCUCGAGGGGCUUGGGGCGCACGCAGGAUGAGACCACUGCCUGCAUCCCCCACGACAUCUACGUUAUUGGCACCCAGGAGAACUCCCUGGGCGACCGCGAGUGGGUCGAGUUCCUCCGCGCAUCUCUGAAGACCCUGAUGGCCAUCGACUACCGAGUGAUCGCCCUGCAAUGCCUCUGGAGCAUCAAGAUCGUGGUGCUGGUGAAGCCCGAGCAUGAGCGGCGCAUCAGCCACGUCCACACCUCCAGCGUGAAAACUGGGAUUGCCAACACGCUGGGGAACAAGGGAGCUGUGGGCGUCUCCUUCCUCUUCAACGGGACAUCCUUCGGCUUCGUCAACUGCCACCUGGCCUCUGGCAGUGAGAAGACCCACAGGCGUAACCAGAACUACAGUGACAUCCUGCGUUCCCUGGUCCUGGGUGACAAGAGGCUCAGUGCCUUCGACCUCACCCUGCGCUUCACCCACCUCUUCUGGUUCGGGGACCUCAACUACCGCCUGGAGAUGGACGUGCAGGACAUCCUUGCCCAUGUAACCAAGAAGGAGUUUGAAGCCCUCCUGGCUGUCGACCAGCUCAACCUGGAACGGGAGAAGAACAAGGUGUUCCUGCGAUUCAGCGAAGGUGACAUCUCCUUCCCGCCCACAUACCGCUACGAGCGGGGCUCCCGGGACAGCUACAUGUGGCAGAAGUUCAAGCCCACGGGGAUGAGGAUCAAUGUCCCCUCAUGGUGUGACCGCAUCCUGUGGAAGUCACACCCAGAGACCCACGUGGUCUGUAAUUCCUACGGCUGCACGGAUGACAUCGUGACCAGCGACCACUCGCCUGUCUUUGCCACCUUCGAGGUGGGAGUGACAUCGCAGUUCGUGCCCAAGAAGGCUCCUGGAUCCGGCCCCGAGCCCCUGGCCUGCAUCGAGUGGGAGAGCAUCGAGGUGAUCGUGAAAACCGCCAGCCGCAGCAAGUGCUACAUCGAGUUUCAUUCCUACUGCCUGGAGGAGGCCCAGCGGAGCGGGGAGAACACCUCCCAGAGCUGCGAUGUCCCGGGCUUCCUCAAGCUGGGCUGGUCCGCAAAGCAUCUGCCUGUGCUGAACCCCAUCCUGCCGGACCUGGAGUACCUGGGGGACCAGCACUUGCUCCUCAGCAUCAAGGGCGUGGAGAGCUGCGAGUCUUACGGUGAGUGCUGCAUCGCCAUGAGGUCAAUGAUCGGCAGCAUGGCCCAGCAGUUCGAGACCUUCCUCUUCCACCGCGGCGAGGAGACGGGCUCCAUGCGCGGCUGGAUGAAGGUCCGGGUGCCCAAGGACAGGAGGAGCACCCGUGAGAGGCUCUAUGAGUGGAUCAGCUUUGAGGAGGAGGAUGCCGAGCCAGCAGCAGAUGCCCCAACAUGCCCCAAGCCACCCCCGCAGCGCCUCAGGAGCCGGCCCCGCAGCCUUCCAGAGCCGGCCGCUGGCUACACCAACCCAGCCUACUUCAUCUUCGAGGGGGUCCCCAACAUGUGGGUGCCGGCGCCCAGCACUGGCAAAGCCCAUGACAAGCAGGCGGAGAGCCCGGCCGGGGGCCAGCGGCACCGGAGCCCCCUUGGAUACCCUGCCGGCGUGGGCCGGCAGAAGAGACCCAAAUCGGAGGUUCUGGCAAGUGACACACCGGGGCUGGGCGACUGCUCGCUGACGGCACUGCACAUGGCCACCUGCCUGAGCCAGCUGGACCGGGCAUCCCCUGAGCGCAGAGGGGACAGCCAGAAGACCCUGCUGCGCCAGACCCACAGUGCCCUGGAGCCGCCCCCGCGGCCCUGCCGGGAGGUGCUGAGGUGCACAGUGGAUCCUCGCCACCAUGACCGCCCCGGAGAGUGCUCUGCCUGGUGGAGCCACCGCGGCACGAGCAGUGGGAUGCGUUGGAAGGUGGAGGAGCAGCAAUGUGCCUGGUUCAUGCGGGAUGACGACGUGAAGUGGCCCUGCGACAGGGGCGAGCGGUCCCGUGGUGUCGGCGGGUGCCUGGGCCACCUCGGCUUGCAGCAGGACGUGGAAGGGCUGCAGGAGCAUGGCUGGGACCACCUGGAGAUCUUCAGCCCUUGCUACCCCCACCCCGUGCACAGAGACAUCACGGAGCGGGACCGGCUCGAGGCUGGGCUGCUCAGCCCGACCCAUCCCCAGCUCAUCCACGGCAAGCUCGGCGAGGGCACUGCGGUGAGCCUGCCGCGGAGACCUGACCUCGGACCCAGCACCUAG